AUGACGAGCUCGGGUGUCAACGUGCCCACCAACGAGAAGAUCAAGGAGAAGGAUGUCAACGCCAAGCUCCAGCUCUAUGGCAUCUACGCCGCCUUUGCACAGGGCAAGGUGCCUUCGAAUAAGCAAAUCGAUGUCGCUAUGAACUCCGCACUUGAGUGGAACUCGAUGCGCACCCCCUCCAAGAAGCUUUCUACCGAGGGCCAGCAAUUGGUUGGCGAUCUGCGCCACGUCAUUGAGGAGGCCAAAAUCCUGCUGCUCAGCAAGAACGACGGCAAUCUUCUACAGGACUUCAUCUGGCAGACCCAGAACAUCGGCGCGGGCAAUGCCAGCUCGCCGAACGCGCCUCUCGACAAGGCCACCGCUAAGCAGCACGGCAAUCAGGCUCUCGAGGGUCUGCGCACUCUUGGCGAACUUCUCAUCACCAACGGCCAGUUCCGCAAGCUUCUGAGCGACGCUACCGUCCUUCUUCGCGACAUCGCAGGUGAUGCUGCCACGAAGGCCGCGAGCAAGGUCAACCCCGGCGAGGAGGAGCUUCAGAGACUCGACGAGCCAGCGCCCGACAACACAUGGCACGAGAAGCCCGACAUGUCAAGAGACAACCUCAGGCAACAGGUCCAGUCUAGGAUGCCCAUCGGCAAGAAGGAUCUGCAGGACGCUGCCGGCGAUGCCUCCCAAGCUGCCCACCCAUCGGGCGAGCGCGAUCCUCGCGCUGUUGGCGACCGCGCAAUGGCAGACCAGCAGCAGGCCGGCGCCGGCCAGACCAGCGUUGACGCACAGGGCGGUGUCAAGGCUGGCGCUCAGAAUCUUAAGCAGAAGCUGUCUGACAACACUGACGAAGACACCAAGAAGCAGGCUCGCGAAUACCGUGAGCGUACCAACAACUACUUCAAGGAGAAGGUGCCAAAAGACCGCCGCGACCAAAUCAUCUACCGCUUGAAGAAGAUGGUUGUUGAGAUCCAGGGUCACUCUGACUACCAACAAGCUAUUGAUACUCUCCUCCGCCUCGCUGAAGAGUACACCGGCCACUCCAAGACCAUCGCCGGACAGGGCAAGGAGGCCGUGAAAGGUGCCCACGACCAGGAUAGCCUAACGUCUGCUGAAGCUGACCUCAAGAGAAGUCAGCCAAUGCUGACAGAUCUGAAGACCCUUUUGGAGCGCUUCGCCAACAGCACCUCCUUCGAUGACCUAUUCGACUCCGUCAACCAGAUGUACGCCGAUGCCGAUCGUGACCCGGAGCUCAAGGACUGGUUCAAGUCCAUGGACCGCUACGUCCGCAAGUGCCUGCAAGAGCAGGGUUACAUCCUCCAGGACGACUCCAACGAGCAGUGGAACAGGCUUUACGACCACGGCAACUACCUCCUGCGCGACCGCUACAGGAACCACACCGACCGUAUCGUCGAUGAGCUCAAGUUCUUGGCCGACCAGUUCGACAAGGACCCGCAAAACCAGAGCUUUGCCAAGGCUAUGAACAAACUGUUCAUGGAUCUCGGCAACGACGAGAAUGGCCAGCCCACAUUCAAGCCUCAUUUGCUUAAGGACUUGACGGAGGUCAUCCUUCCAGGCUUCUUCGAGCACGUCCGCUACGUACCCGUCCCUCGCAUUGAGUACUCAGACCACAUGAUCGAUAUGAUUAUUGAGAACUUGGUUCUCGAGGGCGACAACCUCGCCCCAAACAUGUUCGAGUUCGGCAGUGACAAUUACUUCCGCUGGGGCCGCAAGGGCUUCCAGAACAAGAACAAGAACAAGGUCAUGCUCUCUGUCUCCGGCAUCCAGAUGGACUUGCGCGACGUGUCUUACUACGUCAAGAAGAAGGAAGGCUUCCCAGGUGUCACUGACAAGGGUCUCAUGGACAUCUUCCUUGGCGGCACUGGGCUGAGCUUCAAGGUGGCCAUGGAGACUGCUGACAAGAGCGACCGCGCCCACUUCUUCAAGAUCAACAACGUCACCGUCGACAUCAAGAACAUCAACAUCAAGCUCAAGCAGUCUAACCACAAAUUGCUCUUCGCUCUCUUCAAGCCUUUGUUGCUCAAGGUCAUGCGCCCUGCCCUCCAGAAGGUCGCCGAGACUCAGAUCAAGAACCAGGUCCAGCAGCUCGACGCCAUGGCAUAUCGUAUCAAGCAGGAGGCCGACCGUGCUCAAGAGGAGGCCAAGAACAACCCGGACCCAGAGCACAUCCAGAAUAUGUAUCAGCGCUACUUCACCGCCGCGCAAGCUCAGAUGAACAAGGGCCAGAAGAAGGCGGAGAACGCCUCUGCCGACAAGAAGGUGAACGUGGCCAUCACCCAGCAAGACUCCAUCUUCAAAAACAUUGCCCUGCCAGGCGGUAUCUCCACCAAGGCCACUGAGUACAAGAACCUGGCUCAGAAGGGUGACAGGUGGGAGUCACCAGUCUUCUCCCUCGGCCACGCCAAGGAGACCUCGAGCCUCCCAGGCGUGUCUAAGGUACAGCGGAAGACCCACGAUGUCACCCGUGGUGGCGUUCGUGGUGGCCAGGGCCUCGAGAGCCGUGGCGGCAACAUGAGCGGUCAGCUCGAUGGCACUACUGGUGGCUAUGGCUCUAACGCUGGCAACUACGGCACCAACCAGUCUAACUACGGCUCCAACACUGGCGUCCUCGGCGGCUCCAAUACGGGUGCUUUCGGUGGCAACACUGGUGCGCUUGGAAGCAGCAACAUCGGUGCGCUUGGAAGCAGCAACACCGGUGCGCUUAGAAGCAGCAACACUGGUGCGCUUGGAAGCAGCAACACCGGUGCGCUUGGAAGCAGCAACACUGGUGCUCUUGGCAGCAGCAACAACGCCGGCUUCGCUAACCAGGUCGACGGUGCCUUCGGCGCUCCUCAGCAGAACCUCGGCCUUGGCAGUGCGGGUGUAGGGUCAACUCAACCUACCAGUGGCCUAGUCGGCUCUACUGGCGACCACACCACCCUCGGCAAGAACAACCCGGUCUUCCAGGGCCAGGUCUAA